AUGCGCACCGGUGUCUUGCUCAGUGUCGCUUUUGCGACCACCGUCUUUGCCCAUGGCGGCGCUCACUCGCAGAAGCCCGUUGUUGAUGCCAAUGCGGACUGGAUGACCAAACAUAUGGCGGAGGAACAUCACGUUCAAGGCUGGGACGCCGACUCCUUCUUCACCCUCCACGAUUACAACAGCGACGGCUGGUGGCAAGCUGCUGAGUUGAUGCGAACAUACGGUCUCUUCGACGAAUCAAACAAGGGUAUGAACGAGAAGAAGAAGGACGAGGUCCGUGAUGUUCUGCUCGGCCUUCUCGAUAAGGACGGCGACUCCUCUGUCAGUCGCCAGGAGUGGAUGGACUUUAUCAAGUCUGGAAAGACACUCCCAGACCUCAACACUGGCCCCGGCCACCACGGCGAUGACGAGUACGAGUAUGAGAUCCAUCAUUGGGAGAAGUACCACGACGACAACACCAAACUCGAGGACCUGACACACCCCGAAGACAUUGAGCAUUUUAAGAAACACGAUGAGAUGGAGGAUGCUCAGGAACGCCUCGAAGCAAUGCAGAAGCUCUCCAUCGUCGAGGCCAACAUCCCUCAAAAGUUCCGACGACAAUAG